CACUCUCCUGCCACCAAGAGCGAUGGGGCAAUCUGUGUCGUGAGCACAGAGAUCGGAAGGGAGAAAACAAGGACAAGAAGACAAGGGAGCCAGAAGAGGACAUUUGGAAAAAAUCGGAAGGCAAAAGACCGGGAGGCGAAAAGAAACCCACAGCAGGUGGAAACGAGAUCCAGAGCAAACCGGUCGAGUCCACGGUUGUUUUUCUGCAAGGGAAGAAAGUACCAGAGGAUUGCUUUUUUUCCCUUCAGUUAAUGAAAAGUACUUCUAUCCCCAUAAAAGAAAAGACUAAGGGGAGGUAAAAAAUCUGUUUUCUUAGGGGGAGAGCUGAGGGAAAUCCAGACUAUUUCUUUUCGAAACGUCUGAAAUAAGCCACUGCCAAAUACACAUUGCAGAACUAUCCUAUUUUCGGAAGAUCUACAUCCCUUCCCGGAGAAUUCCAGCCAGAGUAGCUGGUACAAUUUUAUUUUUGUAUUUAAAUAUCUGUCUCUUUUUUUCCCUCCCUUUGAACACUUUCCUUGUUUGUAAGUACGAAUGACAAGAAAGUGUCAGUACAGAUUAGAAAUAUUUUCAGUUUUCUCUUUCACCUGCUUGUGUCCUUUUUGAGGGGGAAGGAGUGCUCUUUAUUUCAGAAAAGGACAUUUUAAUUUCAAAGGCUCUCUCUAUAAACAUAUUUACACUCAUACACAUUUAGAAAGAGAUACCUUUCAGAGGUUGAAAUCCUACUGAGAAAGAUGGAAAAAGGAGCCAGGCACCGAAAUAAUCCUGAAAAGAACCACCCAGGUGGGAGCCAGUCCGAGACCAGCCACGAUACUGGGUCCGGAGGGGGCGGAGUAGCCCUGAAGAAAGAAAUUGGAUUGGUCAGUGCCUGCGGUAUCAUUGUAGGGAACAUCAUCGGCUCUGGAAUCUUCGUCUCACCAAAGGGCGUGCUGGAGAACGCCGGAUCCGUGGGCCUCGCUCUUAUUGUCUGGAUCGUGACGGGUCUCAUCACAGCUGUGGGAGCCCUGUGCUAUGCUGAGCUCGGGGUCACCAUCCCCAAAUCUGGAGGUGACUACUCCUACGUCAAGGACAUAUUUGGAGGACUGGCCGGGUUCCUGAGGCUAUGGAUUGCUGUUCUGGUGAUCUACCCCACCAACCAGGCUGUCAUCGCUCUCACCUUCUCCAACUACCCAGUAAAAUUAGGAGACCAGCAGAACUAUGGGGGCAAAGAACAAAAGAACUAUAUCCGCAUUCCAUCUGUCUUGCAAGAAGCUUUGCUCCUCACAUGGGUCAACUGUUCCAGUGUGCGGUGGGCCACCCGGGUUCAAGACAUUUUCACAGCCGGGAAGCUCCUGGCCCUGGCCCUGAUCAUCAUCAUGGGGGUUGUACAGAUCUGCAAAGGAGAAUACUACUGGCUGGAGCCAAAGAACGCAUUUGAGGUUUUUCAAGAACCCAACAUCGGCCUCAUUGCACUGGCUUUCCUUCAGGGCUCCUUUGCCUACGGAGGCUGGAACUUUCUUAAUUACGUGACUGAGGAACUUGUUGAUCCCUACAAGAACCUUCCCAGAGCCAUCUUCAUCUCCAUCCCACUGGUCACAUUUGUAUAUGUCUUUGCCAAUGUCGCUUAUGUCACUGCAAUGUCCCCCCAGGAGCUGCUGGCAUCAAACGCAGUCGCUGUGACUUUUGGAGAGAAGCUCCUAGGGGUCAUGGCCUGGAUCAUGCCCAUUUCUGUUGCCUUGUCCACAUUUGGAGGAGUCAAUGGGUCUCUGUUCACCUCCUCCCGGCUGUUCUUUGCCGGAGCCAGGGAGGGCCACCUUCCCAGCGUGUUGGCCAUGAUCCACGUGAAGCGCUGCACCCCCAUCCCAGCCUUGCUCUUUACGUGCAUCUCCACCCUGCUGAUGCUGGUCACCAGUGACAUAUAUACACUCAUCAACUACGUGGGCUUCAUCAACUACCUCUUCUAUGGAGUCACAGUUGCCGGACAGAUAGUUCUUCGCUGGAAGAAGCCUGACAUCCCCCGCCCCAUCAAGAUCAACCUGCUGUUCCCCAUCAUCUACUUGUUGUUCUGGGCCUUCCUGCUGGUCUUCAGCCUGUGGUCGGAGCCCGUGGUGUGUGGCAUCGGCCUGGCCAUCAUGCUGACAGGCGUGCCCGUCUAUUUCCUGGGUGUCUACUGGCAACACAAGCCUAAGUGUUUCAAUAACUUUAUCAAGUUGCUAACCCUGGUGAGCCAGAAGAUGUGUGUGGUUGUGUACCCUGGUGUGGGUGAGAGCUCGGGGACAGAGGUGAUAAAUGAGGAACUGGAGGAUCAGCAGCAGUUCAUCAACCAACCCACCGCCUCCGAGGACAAGGACUCUGUGGAACAUCCCCAGCCCUGAGGGCCACCAUCUCCUCUCAGCUGCAUUCUCCCUCCUUAACCCCCUUCCUGCCCGCCUUCCCUGCCUGGGUCCUCCUAACACACACACACAUACGACCUGGGGGUGGGUGGUGAGAAACUAUAAACAAAGACACUGACAUCUAUACCCAAAGAACCAGCCCUUCGCUCCCAGGACCUGUGUCCAAAGCCAGGGCUGCCGUGCUCCGAGCUGUCAGAGUGGAGAAGCAGGAGCACCCUACAGGGCCCCACUCCUGAGCCCACACCCAUGCUGCCUCCUCAGAAGCCUGAGUUCAGUACUGCCUGCCCUCCUCAUUCCUGACCCCAAGCGAGGCCUCAGCUCCGAGAGAAGUGGCAGCAACGAGCAACAGUGAGCCAGUUCGGGAAGGACAGAAACAAGCAAAUCUGUCACUGUUAAAGUCAUUUGGAGAGACCCAUGUCCCCUCCCUUCACUAGGGACCCAAGAAAUCAGAGGCAAUGCUUCCUUCUUUCCUCUUCCUCACUUCUCCUCACCAUGCCUCUGCCUACCUGAGCCUGGGCUCCCUGUCCAGAGUAUGAUUCCUAUCUGGACGCCACCCCCCACUGAGCUAAGGACCAACGAAGCAGGAGAACUGCCUCUCCCCUGACCCCUAGCCAGGCCUGUGGAACAGAUUGGGAAAGGCUCAGAUUGCAGAAACCCAGCCCUGCCCCUGCCCCCUGCAUCCUUUCCCCAACUGGGUGCCAAAGCUCCCUGAAGCCAAAAAGGUCUCUCUUAAAGACAAAGCAGCUCAGCGCCUUCCCUGUCCCCACCCCAUGAGAAGGAGCAGUCACCCUGUCAUCUUACAGCUCCCAACACACUCCCAUGUAGCCCGCACUGCCUGUGGCCCCAUCAUGCCCUUUUCCUCCUCUCUGGUCGUUGGCUCUCAGACCAAGGACUGGGUGUGAAGACUCCCCAAACCCUGCAGGCCUGAAACCCGAGCCAAAUCAGCCUUAAGUCACUUCCCAUCCAAGAACUGGACUUAAAAAUACUCCCUUAUUUCUAACCUUCAGGGCAGACCUGGUAUGAAAAGCUUUCCCAUCCCCGCAGAGGUACCCGUCCCAGAAUCUCGGAGACGGGGGAGAAAGUAUAUUCUGCAGGCCAGCUCCUCCCUCCUCCCCCAACUCAGAUAACUCCUCCCUCCUAUCGGGUCCCACCACUGCCCUAUCUCUGGACAGCCUGCAGGGCAGGGUGAGAGGGCAGGGCGAGAGGGCAUUGGCAGAGGUCAUCCACUUUGGAGGCUCUUGGAGAAGCCCGUUGUCCAUGGUAUGCCUGCUCUGGCAGAGGCUGCCUUUCACUGUACUCCAAAGGAAGGGAGCAGUGUUUGCCCUGGGCCUGGAGCCUUCCCACCACACCUGUUGUACCAGGAACUAGGAUCCUUUUAUCCCAAAGCAGGAGUGUCCCCAUCUCCCCUACUCCCCAUUCUAUCUACUUAAACUGGAAUACCCAGGGAGCCCUCCUGGCCUGCUCAGGUCUCACAGCUCCCCGCUCAGCCUGUCUGACCCUGCAUCGGUGAAAUGCCAGGUUUGGUCUGAGUUACGACUCCUUCAGUGUAGAUUCUGAGCAGGGCGGAGUUGGCCUCUGGAGGGUCAGGGGACCAUCCUUCUGUUCCCACUUCUCAUUCCUUCAAAACCCCCCUUUCAGUUAUUGUUUUUUUUUUUUAAGUGGAUGCCUUACUUUUUGGAUAAAUAUUUUUGAAGCUGGCAUUUCUAUUUCUUUUGGAUUUUUUAAUGUAAGGUUGUUUUGGGGGGCAGGAAAUUAGUUAUACCUUGAUAAUAAUCUGUCUUUGAGUUGGUUUAGGUUUUAGAAGGUUUGUUUGUUUAUUUGUUUU